GGUCUGGGGUUAAUUACUGACAAACAGCCACUGACAGCCUCUGGACACACCGUAGCUUCUGCUGAACCAAAUCCUGCGUCAGACUGCGAGAAAACACACUGCUAUAUAACGAGAGCAGCAGAAACAUCACCGAGCUGCACGAACUGCUAACCCGCAGAAACUGCCCCUACAGCCUCCAAAAUGUCCUCCUGUGAGUUUGAGUCCCUGGAGAAAUGUCUGGAGACCCACCUGCCCGAGGCCGAGCUGUCCGAGGUGAAACGCAUCUUAUUCGGGAAGGAGACGAAGAAGUUGGAUCUGCCGGCAGCUGCUGUCAGCGCCGCCUCGGAGCGGGACUUUGAGCUGCAGGGCUUUGGGUUUGAAGCGUCUCCGGAGCAGCUGAGGAAGGCCAGGAGGACCCGGGUCGGACUGAUCCAGAACCAGAUCGUGCUGCCGACCGACGCCCCCAUCCUGGACCAGAUCACUGCGAUGCACAGCCGUGUGGGGGAGAUGGUGGAAGUGGCGGCCAUGUGUGGUGUGAACAUCGUCUGCUUUCAGGAGACCUGGACCAUGCCCUUCGCUUUCUGCACCCGAGAGAAGGAGCCGUGGACGGAGUUUGCAGAGUCUGCAGAGGAAGGAAACACCACGCGAUUCUGCCAAGAGCUGGCCAAGAAAUACAACAUGGUGAUUAUUUCUCCGAUUCUGGAGCGAGAUGCUCGGCACAGCACCCUGUGGAACACCGCCGUGGUGAUCUCUAACACCGGGAAGGUCCUGGGAAAGACCCGGAAGAACCACAUUCCCAGGAUCGGAGACUUUAAUGAGUCCACGUACUACAUGGAGGGCGACAGCGGACACACGGUGUUUCAGACGCAGUUCGGGAACAUCGCCGUGAAUAUCUGCUACGGCCGCCAUCACCCUCUUAACUGGUUCAUGUUCGGCAUGAACGGAGCGGAGAUCAUCUUCAACCCGUCAGCUACUGUCGGAGCGCUCAGUGAGCCCAUGUGGUCGAUCGAGGCGAGGAACGCAGCGAUCGCUAACCACUGCUUCACCUGCGCUAUAAACAGAGUGGGGACGGAAACUUUCAAGAGUGAAUUUACAUCUGGUGAUGGAAAAAAAGCCCACCAUGACUUCGGGCACUUCUACGGCUCCAGCUACGUGUCGGCCCCAGACGGCAGCCGCUCUCCGGGUCUAUCCAGGACCAGAGACGGGUUGCUGGUGGUGGAGAUGGAUCUGAACCUGAACAGACAAAUCAGUGAUAAAUGGAGCUUCAAGAUGACUGGCCGUUACCCUGAGUACGCAGAGGAACUCACCGAGGCGGUCAAACAUGACUUCAAACCAAAAGUUGUGAAGGAGUAAAGGAUAUUCCUCUUUAGUAAAUUAAAGUAUGAAACAAACCAGGUUCAGACCCUGUCAUCAUGUUUAAAUGUGUCUGCAGCGGCCACAAUCAUAAAGAAAUGAUCCAGGCAGGA